UUGUUGAAGUUCAAGGAAAGCGUGGUGAGCGAUCCGUUCGGCGCGCUGAAGCAUUGGAAGGAUGACGGUGGUAAAAGUCUCGAUUACUGCUCGUGGUUCGGCGUUGAGUGCUCGGCUGGAAGCAUUGUAGCCUUGAACCUGAAAGAUCUUUGCUUGGAAGGAACACUGGGAUCUGAGCUUGGAAACCUUGUCAGCUUAAAGUCCAUUGUUUUGCGCAAUAACUCAUUCUCUGGCUCAAUUCCGGAAGAUAUUGGCGAGCUGAAGGAGUUGGAGGUGCUCGAUCUUGGGUUCAAUAACUUCAGCGGUUCGCUUCCUUUGAACCUUGGAAGCAAUCGGCCUUUGAUGCUUCUGUAUGUUGCUUGUGUCUGCAAAAGUUCUGCUUUGGCUUUAAGCAUCAUUUCACCUGAAAUUCAUCAACUGAUGAAGCUCUCUGAAGUUCAAGUUGAUGAAGUUGAAUUACAGGAUUCAGCAAAGGUUGCAUCUUGCCAUAAUAAAAGGUACGGGGCAAGCUCACCGGAGACUGCACUUUUGCCUCCGCUCACCUCUGUAGUUCCAUUUUUCCCGACUCCAAAUGCAGAUCCUCCAUUGCCUCCAUUUCCCCCUGCUACCGAGUCAAGUGAAUCAAUCCCACCGCCCCCAGAUGCUUCUCCAAAUUCUACUGAAGCUUCUCUUCCUGUACCAACUCCUCCACUAUCAAGUAGCCCCAAUUCAACAGUUGAUAGUUCCCCUUCGAGGAGUCAUACUGUUAUACGAAUUGCUGCAGCAAUAGUGGGGGCCACAUGUUUUCUUCUAGCUAUCUUCGGAAUAUAUCUCUGCAAAGUUAAAAGGGCAGCUGUCAAACCUUGGGCCACUAGACUGAGUGGGCAGCUUCAGAAAGCACUUAUAACUGGUAUACCAAAGCUGAAGAGACCUGAGCUUGAAUCUGCUUGCGAAGAUUUUAGUAACGUUAUUGGUUCUUCACCACUUGGUAUUUUGUACAAAGGGACUUUGUCAAGUGGGCCUGAAAUAGCAGUGGUUUCGAUUGCUUCAACGUCUUCCAAAGAUUGGUCUCAAAGAUUGGUCUCGGAAUUUGGAACUGCUAUUUGCAAAGAAGUUAAAGAAUCGGAACACCUGGACUGGGCAAUGCGGCUCAGAAUCAUGAUGGGCAUAGCUUACUGCCUCGAGCACAUGCACCAGCUCACCCCACCGAUCACCCAAAAAAACCUCACCUCUUCAUCCAUCUCCCUCACCGAAGACUAUGCUGCCAAAAUCUCGGAUUUCAGUUUCUCAAAUGACAUAACCAUUCCACCUUCUUCAUCCGAGAUAGAACCGUCCAAGACUGAGACAGAGCUGUCAGCUAAUAUCCCAUUCCGGGCGAGCAAUGUGUACAGCUUUGGCGUGUUGUUGUUCGAACUCAUCACGGGCAGGCUUCCUUACUCGGUCGACAAUGGAUCACUAGAAAACUGGGCAGCAGACUACUUGUCAGGGGACCAACCCCUUCGCCAGAUUGUGGACCCCACGCUCGACUCUUUCGAGGAGCAGAAGCUAGCAUCCAUCGAACAAGUGAUCAAGAUUUGUGUUCACCCUCAUCCACUACAAAGACCGACAAUGGCAGAAGUCACUCCUAUGCUGAGAGAGGUUAUCAGAAUAACUAACGAAGCAGCAACCCCGAGACUCUCUCCUCUCUGGUGGGCAGAGCUCGAGAUUUUGUCUGCCGACGGGAGUUGA